GUCGAGUUCCACGAGACAAAGUUAAAUGACAGGGAAGAAAUUAGCAUGACUUUGAGUGGCCCAACUAAUCUGUCCACCAGGAUCGAAGACACAGGUACCAUUCAGGCAUUUUACUACUCAAUUUCUCUUUUACAAAAUGGUUUCCAGUUUGAUAACAAGAGCCAAGACUACGUCUAG